AUGAACCAGUUUCCCGACGAAUUGCUAUUAAAAUUAAUGUCAUUUCUUGGUUACCGUGACCUUUUAACUUUAUCCAUCACAAAUAAACGUUUCUAUAACUUGGUCCAAGACGAACAACUUUGGAAGCGACUUUAUAAAAAUCAAUUUAAUCACACAUUUCUCGUACAUAAAUAUUCCGAUGCAACAUCUUCUAAGGAAAUGUUUAAAUUGCAUUGGACAAAAGAUUUAACUUUAUUCAAAGUUAAAUACGGAAAUUAUCAAGUAAAAAUGACUACAAUUAAUUACGGUGGAAAUAUCACCAAUACUAAUGGAACGUUUACACUAGAAUUACAUCAAGAUCGAUCUCUAUUGGCAAAUUUAUUAGUUGAACAAGGUUCUGAAUAUAAUGAAUCAACAGACGCAACAUGGACAGGAACAUUUGAUGUUGAAAACAGAACAAUGAAUAUUAAAGAACGUUUUGGACAUCAUCCAGGAUAUUUUAUUUAUACAGCUCAAAUCAAUGAUAAAGUUAUUGAAGGCACAUACUUUUGGGAUAUAAAACCAACAGCAGGAGGUCGACUCAUUAUUGAACUAGUGUAA